AUGCGCUACAAUCAAAACAAAAACAUCAAUACCCACUCGGAACCCUUUCUCGCGCUCAUCUCUAAGCUUUACCUACUCUGCCAACUCUUCGCUACGGCACCGAUUUUAGACACACCCAAAAAUAAUCGACGCAUCUUACGUUAUGUGCGUUACGUUUGGUGUUCUACGUUGGUGACGUACAUCACUGUGGUGAACAUCAGUUACAUGAGUCGCAUACACGACCCGCUUGUCAACAUCGUCAAAGCAUUCUUCGCAUUUGAACUCAUUAAUAAUCCCCUAAUCGUCGCCUUCAUAGUCUUUACCACAUAUUAUUACACAGCAGAGUACCGGAGCAUACCGUCGGAGCUCUUGCGUAUUUAUAAAGUCUACCAGAGGCUUCAAGCGAAUAUAAGUGCUGAGAAGGAGUUCUUUCGAGUGCUACACAUGGAAGUGUUGGUGAUGGCUGGCGUUAUCUGCUCAAUAAUAUUGAGCACCUUUGUGGUGGAUUACUUUCGCUCGGAACGCACUUUGAUGCGUGCAAUACUCCACGCUAGCGUAUUUAGUGUGGCAAACAUACUUAUAUCGCUACACAUCUGUCAAUUUUGGUUAUCGUUACGUUUUAUUAGCCAUCUCUAUCGCGGUUUCAAUGAAGUUUUACGUCAACGCUUGCGGCGCUUUCGUGUCAUCGAUUUGACUGCAUUGGACGAGUGCAAUAAUGAUUUGCACGCUUACGGCAGGGAAAUCUCCUGGUAUCAACGGGAAUUCCAAAAUACUUGCAACGCAAUGGCUACGGAUAGUUUUGAAAUCUUAGACAUGAUGCGUGACAUAUACUUUGAUUUGGACACGAUAUCGACGCAAUUGACGAACGUAUUCGGCAUAACCUUACUUUUCAACUUUCUCGGCUCUUGCGUUAGCCUCUCUGUGCAGUUUUUUGCUGUGUUCAAAUUUUUCGAUACAGAAAAUUUCUUGAACGAUGUUCAAGCCGAAUUAUAUAAUCGUAUCUUGUGGAUCAUUAUUCACUUAGGGCGAAUUAUGACGGUACUAAUUAGUAACAAUGCAAUCAUUGAGGAGAAAUGCCGCACAUCAUGCGUGUUAAAUGAAUUACAAGUAUCUUCGAAGGAAAUGGAACGUUCGAUUAAUCGAUUUUUGCUUCGAUUAAUGACUCAUCAACCACCGGAAAUGCUAUGUGGAAUAUUGCAACUUGAUUUACUGGUACUUUGCGGUAUUACCGGCGCCGUGUCUAAUUACUUUAUAUUUCUUGCACAAAUCGACUUGGGCACAUUACCCAUCCAACAAAAGACUACAAAUUCUACGGCAUAA